ACUCGAAUCGACGAGCACGGAGGCCGACGAGGGCGAGGAAACAGACCAGGAGAUGAUCAGCACCACGCGGGCGCUAAUCGCACAACUCGAAGCGAGGGUCCGACUUCUGGAACGAGAGUCGAUGAGCACGGCCAUCGUAGACCGCAAGCAUCAGAUCGCGACCGACGGCAACAAGGCAUAUCCGGCUUUCGUGAGAGCUCGCAUGGCGGACCCAGCGACGGCUUUAGGCUCGCCAGCCUCCUGGGCGGCCCACGGCGCUCUGAUCGUCUUGAAAGAUUGGCCAUCCAAGGACACCUCGGCGAGACGCUCCAAGACGAAGUUCGCGACGAAUCUGCCCGUCGCCACGAUCAGGGCGCCGGGCCUAGAUAUCGCCGCCACGAGUUGCCAGCGGCGACGCAAGCAGUGGAUCACGCCCUACACCCCGCGAGCCCCAGAACUGAAGAUCAAAGGUGCCCCGUUCGAGGUCGAGGCCGCGCCGGGGGGGCAGAUCAG